UAGUUUCAGUAACAGAGAAGAGAGAGAGAAAAAGAAAGAGAGAAAAAGAAAACUCUUCUUCUUCUUCGUCUUCUCCAAAUCUCCACUCUCAUCUCUGUGUUUGUCUCCAUAAUUAUCAAACAUCCAGUCUUUUAUCUUUCUUCUCCUUGGAAUAACCAAAAGCCCCAACCAAAAAGUAACACAUUAUUAUUAUUUCUUUGUUAAAUGCAACAGCAUGUUAAUUUUCUUAUUAAUUACACCCAUCCAAGAACACUGCUAAGCUCAGGGUUUUAUAGAGUGAAGUUGAACACUACUACUUCCAGUACUACUACAAAUCACAACUUCACAACUCACAUUAACUCAAAACCCCUUCACCAUGUUGUUCAUCACUAGCAACUACAUUCUCUGUACUUCACUUCUCCUUACUCUAUUUACCCACACUCUAGGUUCUACCCGCUUCAAUCUUUCACUUCCACAUCAACAUCCUUACCCUGAAUCAGUUGUUCAAGAACUUCAAAGGAAAGUUAAUGUGUCAGUUCAUAGGAGGCAAAUGUUGGGGGUUUAUGACAAGGGUCAGUCAUCAUCAUCAUCAUCAUCAUCAUCAUCCUCGUCUUCGUCAUGUUUGACAGGUAACCCAAUUGAUGAUUGUUGGAGAUGUGAUACAAACUGGCAAGCAAAUAGACAGAGAUUAGCAGAUUGUGGUCUAGGGUUUGGUAAAGACUCAUUAGGUGGAAAAGGAGGUCAGAUCUAUAUAGUUACAGAUUCAUCAGAUAGUGAUCUUAUUAACCCUAAACCAGGUACAUUAAGAUAUGGAGUUAUCCAGACAGAACCACUUUGGAUUAUCUUCUCAGGUCCUAUGCAAAUUAAACUUAAAGAUGAGCUUAUAAUUAACAGUUUUAAAACACUGGAUGGUCGCGGUGCAAAUGUACACAUUGUUGGUGCUGGUUGUAUUACAUUGCAGUAUGUCAGUAACAUUAUCAUUCAUAACAUUCAUAUUCACCAUUGUUAUCCUUCAUCCCCUGGUAAUGUACGUUCCAGUCCGGAUCAUUACGGCCGAAGAACUAAAUCUGAUGGGGAUGGUAUAUCUAUAUUUGGAGCUAGGAAAAUUUGGAUUGAUCAUUGUUCAUUGUCUCACUGCAAAGAUGGUUUAAUUGAUGCUAUAAUGGGCUCAACUGGGAUUACAAUUUCGAACAACUAUUUCUCACAUCAUAAUGAAGUUAUGUUACUAGGUCAUCAAGAUGAUUAUACGCCUGAUUCAGGAAUGCAAGUAACUAUAGCUUUUAAUCAUUUCGGUGAAGAUUUAGUUCAACGAAUGCCUCGAUGUAGACGUGGUUACAUUCAUGUUGUUAAUAAUGAUUUUACGCAAUGGGAAAUGUAUGCCAUUGGCGGUAGCGCCAAACCGACAAUCAAUAGUCAGGGGAAUCGUUACAUAGCUCCUGCUAAUCCUAAUGCCAAAGAGGUGACUAAGAGGGUGGAUACAGGGGAAUGGGCAGACUGGGAUUGGAGAUCGGAAGGAGAUAUAAUGGUGAAUGGGGCAUUCUUUAUACCAUCAGGAGGUGGAGCUGGCCGCAGUUAUGCAAAAGCAUCUAGCGUUGAACCUAAAUCAUCUGCUCUCAUUGAACAAUUAACCAUGAAUGCAGGCGUACUUGGUGGCAACAGAGAGAAUGGGGAUAAUGGACCUAGUGAUGGUGGGGGCGGAUAUUAUGGCGGUGGUGGUGGUGGCGGCGGCGGUGGGAACAAUGGAGCAAGUGGAUUCUUCGGGAUGAUCUUUGGAGCUGGAAUUGGCGCAGCUCCCUCUUCAUCUCCUCCGCUAAUGACGGUUUUAAUGAUAAUAAUGUCUUCUUUCCUUUUGAUAAUUUUGUCUACCACUAGGCGACUUGGUUUUUGGUUACUAUUACAACUAUAGCAGUAUAUUAUUGAAACAAAAAUCCAAAAGAAAAAGGAGAGUAGAUCAUAUCAAGUUUUUCUUUGUCUUCGAGGGUUAAACAAAUUUAAUCCUUUUGUCUAAGCAAGCAUGAUAGUUUUAGAAUCAUUGAGCAUAUAUUAAUAUAUUAUUGACCUUUUGGAA